AUAUAGUCUCAGAAAUCAAUGUCGUGUAAUAAAAUUAUUUGUUUGUCGAUGCCGAAAUUACAGCCGCGCCUGCGCCUGCCAGGAAGACUUUGUCAGUCCGAAGCUGAGCGACGGGAUGAGGAGGAGAGAAUCAGAAACGAACUGGGAAUCGAGCCAAGGGACGUGGUAGUGUUCGUACGUACCGUUUACAUCAACGCAUCGAUUUUCUAUUUCUUUCUACUGGUGCUCGUGCUGCUCAUCUCGUCGCUUGGCUUCAAGAUAUCCGAGAUCCUGCCGAUUCCGCCGUAUAUAUAUCUGGUUGUGGCCUACAGCCUCCUGGCAUGCAUUGCUUACAUAGGGCCUAGGCGUUUGCCGGCCUCUGUGGGCUGGGCCCUGGUCCUCUGCAUAGUACUGCUCCUGUCGCUGUUCACUAUAUACUACACAUAUAACUUCGGCUGGAUCCGCUUGAUCAUAUGCAUAUUGUUCUCAGGCGCUGUAAUACAUGGUUUGGUUGUGGCGGGAGCCAAGUGCCGAAAGUCGUGCCUGCCAAACGCCCUCGUCUAUGCAGUGAUCGUCUUCAUCUGUGCUAUGGGAAUCAUUGCGACGUUAGUUUUAUGCCUUAUCGAGUUCCAGAGAUCUUUCGUAGUGAGCCUGUUUAGCUUCUUGGCCAUUCUGGCGAUGGCCGCCACCCUAAUGCAGUCGCAGUUUAUCCACUGCCGCACGCACUACGUCCCCCUUGGCCUUGAGCUCAUCUGCGCGCUGGGACUCUUCGUCAGCAAGUGGACCAUGCUAGUGUGCGCCCUUCUAUUCGCUCACACCACUGAUAUGCAGUCAUUGAAUUUGAUAAGUUAAAGAUG